AUGAGUCAAGUCGAUACCCAGGUGAAGGAUGUCACCAUCCUGGGCCCCAUCCCCCAGGAGGCCCGCAAGAUCCUCACCAAGGAUGCCUGUGCCUUCCUCGCCAUCCUGCACCGCACCUUCAACCCUACCCGCAAGGCUCUCCUGCAGCGUCGAAUUGACCGCCAGGCUGAGAUCGACAAGGGUCAUCUGCCCGACUUCCUCCCCGAGACCAAGCACAUCCGUGAGAAUGACGCCUGGAAGGGCGCCCCGCCCGCUCCCGGUCUCGUCGACCGCCGUGUUGAGAUCACCGGUCCUACCGACCGCAAGAUGGUCGUCAACGCCCUGAACUCGGAUGUCUGGACCUACAUGGCUGAUUUCGAGGACUCGAGCGCUCCCACCUGGGAGAACAUGGUCGGCGGUCAGGUCAACCUGUACGAUGCCAUCCGCCGUCAGGUCGACUUCAAGCAGGGUGCCAAGGAGUACAAGCUCCGUACGGACCGCACGCUCCCGACCCUGAUCGCCCGUGCCCGUGGCUGGCACCUCGAUGAGAAGCACUUCACCGUCAACGGCGAGCCCAUCUCCGGCUCGCUCUUCGACUUCGGUCUGUACUUCUACCACAACGCCAAGGAGUUGGUGGCCCGCGGGUUCGGCCCCUACUUCUACCUGCCCAAGAUGGAGUCUCACCUCGAGGCCCGUCUGUGGAACGAUGUCUUCAACCUGGCCCAGGACUACAUCGGCAUGCCCCGCGGCACCAUCCGUGGUACCGUCCUGAUCGAGACCAUCUCCGCCGCCUUCGAGAUGGACGAGAUCAUCUACGAGCUGCGCGACCACAGCUCCGGUCUCAACUGCGGCCGCUGGGACUACAUCUUCUCCUUCAUCAAGAAGUUCCGCAAGCACUCCAACUUUGUGCUGCCGGACCGUUCCGAUGUCACCAUGACCGUGCCGUUCAUGGACGCCUACGUCAAGCUGCUCAUCAAGACCUGCCACCGUCGUGGUGUUCACGCCAUGGGUGGUAUGGCCGCUCAGAUCCCCGUCAAGGACAACGCAGCCGCCAACGACAAGGCCAUGGAGGGCGUGCGCGCCGACAAGCUGCGCGAGGUGCGUGCCGGCCACGACGGCACCUGGGUGGCGCACCCCGCCCUGGCGGCGAUCGCCUCGGACGUGUUCAACAAGUACAUGCCGACUCCCAACCAGCUGUUCGUGCGCCGCGAGGACGUGCACAUCACGGCCAACGACCUGCUCAACACCAACGUGCCCGGCAAGAUCACCGAGGAGGGCAUCCGCAAGAACCUGAACAUCGGCCUGUCGUACAUGGAGGGCUGGCUCCGCGGCGUCGGCUGCGUGCCCAUCAACUACCUGAUGGAGGACGCCGCCACGGCCGAGGUGUCGCGCUCGCAGCUGUGGCAGUGGGUGCACCACGGCGUGACCAGCUCCGAGGGCAAGAAGAUCGACAAGGCCUACGCCCUGCGUCUGCUCAAGGAGCAGGCCGACAGCCUGGCGGCCAAGGGGCCCAAGGGCAACCGGUUCCCGCUGGCGGCGCGCUACUUCGCCGGCCAGGUGACGGGUGAGGACUACGCCGACUUCCUGACGAGCUUGCUGUACAACGAGAUCUCGUCGGCGGGCAGCCAGGUGUCGAAGCUGUAG